GGGCGCCAUUGAUCGGUCGGGUGAGUCUUGGAGAGAGGCCUGGGAAACCAGUGAACUAACUGGGGUGCGCGAGGCCUUUUUUUUUAGGGUGGCGCGCGAGGCCUAUUGAUUGGCCGGGCAAGAAAGCGAUCCAUCGACAAGCCGAUCGAUUGAGUCGAUCGUCACGGGGUUCCCGUGCCAGAUCGGCUCCCACUUCCCGCCUUCCCGGAGAGCAAACGUCCACGUAUAAAAGCCCCGUCAACCCUCCCCUCCCCGAUCGCAACCGAUAGCCCACGCGAGGGCGCGCUCCCACCGAUCCCAUCCCAUCCCAUCCCACCCGCCGCUCGCCCCACCGCCUCUCGUGCGCCGCGACCGGCCACCACCACGGCACCGCCGCCCCUCCGAUCCCAUCCCUAUCCGAUGCUGCUAUCCGUCUCCCGCUCCACCGACAAGUUCGCCCCUCUCGCCGGCCUUCGCUCGCUGCUCGCCCCCGACCCCGUCACCGCGGGCGGAGGCGUCGUGACGCGGACGAUGAUCCCCGCGUCGCCGCCGCCGCGCGGCGAGGCCGAUCCGGAGGACGGCGUCGACGAGGAUGAGGGCUGCUGGGUCUCGUACGGCCGACGGGAGCCCGGACGGCGCCGGCUGCCGCUGCCGAUCCCGUCGCUGGCGGGCCGCAGCGGUCUGCGCUGGGCGCGCACCGAGGACAGGAGGCUCGUCAUCAGCAAGGUGCGCGUCAUGCGGCCGGACUACUACGUCCGCGCGCGCCGCGUGCGCGGCGGCCGCCUCCUCAUGCGCCUCGUCGAGCGCGAGGACGACUGCCCCCACGAUCCGCUCCCGGCGCCCAGCGGCGCCGGCGAAGGCGACGCCGGUCGGGCAGACGAAGCUACGGCGGUGCAGGGAGACGUAGUCGAUGACGAGCAGGCGGCUGCGGCACCGGCGACGAUGCCCGCAGCUGGAUGCUUCGAGGACGUGGUUAAGUACCAGUACGCCAUCGGUAGCAGCCCGCUGCACCAGAUGCCCUUGCUAAGGAUGGUUCAUUGAGAUUGAUCGCCAAAGGUGGAAUUUUUUUUAGCUGCUUGCCUUUGAUGGUGCAUUGGGAUCGCCUAGGUGAAUUUUUUGUAGCCGUGUAUACUAAUAGUGGUCAAUAUGCCUCCAAAUUGCAGCAUAGUUUUUUUUAUCACAGAAUUGUUGAUUAAAAAGAAUCAGCCCAUGAAUCAAGUAUGAAAU